GUAUGGUAGCCAUGGUAGUAAUGUUAUCACUGCGCCACAACCAUGCGGUACUCUACCUUGGUACCUGCAUAUUUGGUACCUUCCUCUCUUCAGUGUACCCAACUGCAGUCACCUUGGCCGAGACCUACAUCCACGUCACCUCCACGAUAACCAGCACACUGGUGGUUACAGCAGCCGCUGGAGAGAUGAUCAUACCUGUUAUCAUUGGUCAUGAGUUCGUAUCUAUUGGACCGGCCAGCGUGUUGAUAUCAGGCGUCGUAAUGACCCUAAUUAGCUUCGUGGUGUACCUAAUGCUGUACCUAGUUGCCCAGACCAUCACACGACAGUCCUGUGAGUGUUACCUAAGUUUGCUUUAAUUUAGUAUGUAUGGGGGGGCUCUGUAUAGA